AUGAACCAAUCAUUCAGAUUGAUCUUGAAUUCAUUAAAUCAAAUUCAAAUUCGUUCAAUUCAAACAACAUCAAGUUUAUUCUUACCAAGUAAAUUACCUAAAAUUCAAAAAUUGAACGAAUCAGAUCUGAUUGAAGAAUUCGUCAGAGGUUCUGGUCCAGGUGGUCAAUGUAUCAACAGUUUAAGUUUUUCUCAAAACAUGCUCAUGGAUGAUUCUUGUAUAUUAAAGAAAACCAAUUUUAUUUCAGUUUCAUUAAUUCAUAAACCUACGGGGAUUCGAGUCCAAUGUCAUGCUCAGAGAUCUCGUGAAUCGAAUCGUAAAGAAGCAAGAAAGAUUUUAAGUGAAAAGGUAGAUUUAUUCCUUAAUCCAGGUAAAAGCAAAUUGGAAUUCAAGUGGCAAAAAGCGCGCGAUAAAAAACGAGCAAAGAUACGACAACGUAAAAGGCGUGAGAACGAAGAUGAUGGAGACGGAGAUGAGACUUCCUCUAAGCCUUCAAUCAAGGAGGAGAAAACAGAUACAAUUAAAGGAUCCUGA